CGACUCUGGAGGGGAAACGCAUUCGUUCGGUGAAGGGCCGAUUGGCUCGUGGCCGUGCCGUGUCUCUUAGUCAAACCCGUGACAAUGUCAGCGAACAAAACGCCCAAAACCGAGAAAAACGGCGUCGGGAGGCCAUCUCCUGGGACGGCCGCUUCCGUCUGGACGAGGGCUAUCACGUCCAACUCGAAAUGGGAGGACAAGGAUGAAUUUUUAGAUGUGAUCUACUGGGGAAGGCAGGCACUGGGGAUUAUAGUCGGCAUCAUCUGGGGUUUCAUACCUCUUAAAGGGUUCAUCGCUUUAUUACUAUCUGCCAUCGUCAACGCUGGCGUCAUCUACCUUUAUUUCACGAGUUUCCAGUGUGUCGAUGAGGAAGAGUUCGGCGGCGCUUGGGAGCUUACGAAGGAGGGCUUUAUGACCUCAUUCGCUGGAUUUCUGGUCACCUGGAUUAUAAUAUAUUCGGGCAUGCAUUUCGACUAAUGUCCGACAAUUUCUCAUUCAACAACCUCAAUUCAAGUGCCCCUCUCGCCACCUUCGACAGUGAACUUUUUCCAUCGGAGGCUCAAUUUAUUCUGUGUAAGAUCAGGUUUUUAUAUAUGUAAAAAUAAAAUAAAAAACAAAAAAGUCAGUUUGCAGUUUUUUAAGCAAUAAAAAGACUUGAAAGCCUUGUUGAUUUUGUAAGUGUUUUCUCAUACAUAUUUAUAUCGUAUUUUGAACAAAAA